AAUGGUGGACGGGAAGGCUGGAGAGGAGAAGCCUGAGAAGCUGCAGCAGACUGGAGCCGCCGGAGAACCUGAAGAAGGAGCAGAAAAACCCGUGAAAACUAAGACUGUUUCUUCCAGUAAUGGAGGGGGAAAUUCCAGUCGCAGCGCUGAGAAGCGAUCCGCUGAAGAAGCUGCAGACCUCCCAACAAAGCCUCCAAAGAUCUCCAAGUUUGGAUUUGCCACAGGUAGUCAGACAACAAAGAAAACCUCAGCCAUAUCCAUCAAACUUGUCUCAAGUAAGCCUAAAGAAACCGUUCCAAUUCUUGCUCCAAAAGCCCUUUCAGCAGUAGCAGCUUUUAAGGAAGAUGAGGAUAGUGAACCAGAGUAAAUGCCUCCAGAAGCAAAGAUGAGGAUGAAGACUACUGGAAGGGAUACACCAACAUCAGCAGGACCAAAUUCCUUCAAUAAAGGAAAACAUGGGUUUUCUGAUAACCAGAAGCUAUGGAAGUGAAAUAUAAAAUCUCAUCUUGGAAAUGUUCAUGACCAAGACAAUUAAAUGAUGUGUUUUGAAACUGGGGUGUGGGGUGGGUGUAAAGUUAAAAGGAACAGCUUCCUCUUUUUUAAAGAAUGGUAUAAGACUAUUUUUGAAGCCACCGUUUUUUCUUUUCUUUUCUUUUUUUUAAAGAUUGAGUGGUACACUAAUAAAUGAGAAUUUGAAAUUAGAGGUAAUUUAUGUUUUAUAUACAGAUUUCAAGACAUUUACUAAUUUUGUAGUUUCAUGUGAUUACUUUCCAAAGCUUAUAGAUAAUAAAAAAAUCAGAAAUGAAUGGUACCUUUCUAAGAAUUGCAUAUUUUACUACAUGCAACUGUUAACACAUUAAGAGGGAAGCAAAAAGUUGUCUAUUUAAACUGUAGGCAAUUACUCUCUAGCUUAACUCCCUUAUUAACCUAAACUGUCUGGCUCCCAGGAACAGCCUUAUAGAGAAGGGAGUAUUGUAUUGGGAGAAAAAUGUUACUGGACUAUUAACUGAGAAAGUAAAUUAGAUAAAAUUAAAAUACAGCUUUUUUUUUUCCCCCUAAUGGGCAUUUUUUGUUUCAAAUCAUCAUAAGCUAGUUAUUGCAUUGCGAUAAGUGGAUACAGAUGCUUAGCUCUUUAAAAACAACAUUUAAAAUUUUUAUGUAAACUGUUGAGUAUUUAAAAUAGCCCACUUCACUUGAGAGGGUCUUGGCUACCUUCAUUACUCUUCAAAGAACAACC